AUGGCCUUCUUAGGAGCGACCCCAGGCAGGACGCCGCAGGGACCGGAACCUGGGGCGGCCCCCGCCAGCUUCCCCAGCCUGGCCCCAGAGUCUGGUCCGGGGGAGGCCGAGGUCGACGACGACGAGGAGGAGCCGGCAGAGAUCCACCUAUGUGUACUGUGGAAUUCAGGAUACUUGGGCAUUGCCUACUAUGACACAAGUGAUUCCACUAUCCACUUCAUGCCAGAUGCACCAGACCAGGAGAGCCUCAAGCUUCUCCAGAGAGUUCUGGAUGAAAUUAAUCCCCAAUCUGUUGUUACAAGUGCCAAACAGGAUGAGAAUAUGACUCGAUUUCUGGGGAAGCUUGCCUCCCAGGAGCACAGAGAGCCUAAGAGACCUGAAAUCAUAUUUUUACCAAGUGUGGAUUUUGGUCUGGAGAUAAGCAAACAGCGCAUCCUUUCUGGAAACUACUCCUUCAUCCCGGACUCCAUGACUGCCACUGAGAAAAUCCUCUUCCUCUCUUCCAUUAUUCCCUUUGACUGCUUCCUCACGGUUCGAGCACUUGGAGGGUUGCUCAAGUUCCUGGGUCGAAGAAGAAUCGGGGUUGAACUGGAAGACUAUAAUGUCAGCGUCCCCAUCCUGGGCUUUAAGAAAUUUGUGUUGACUCAUCUGGUGAGCAUAGAUCAAGACACUUAUAGUGUUCUACAGAUUUUUAAGAGUGAAUCUCACCCCUCGGUGUACAAAGUGGCCUGUGGACUGAAGGAAGGGCUCAGCCUCUUUGGAAUCCUCAAUAGAUGCCGCUGUAAGUGGGGAGAGAAGCUUCUCAGGCUAUGGUUCACACGUCCAACUCAGGACCUGGUGGAACUCAAUUCUCGUCUGGACGUCAUUCAGUUUUUUCUGCUGCCCCAGAAUCUGGACAUGGCUCAGAUGUUGCAUCGGCUGCUUGGUCACAUCAAGAAUGUGCCUCUGAUUCUGAAACGCAUGAAGUUGUCCCACACCAAGGUCAAUGACUGGCAGGUUCUCUACAAGACUGUAUACAGUGCCCUGGGCCUGAGAGAUGCCUGCCGCUCCCUGCCCCAGUCCAUCCAGAUCUUUCGGGACAUUGCCCAAGAGUUCUCUGAUGACCUGCAUCACAUUGCCAGUCUCAUUGGGAAAGUGGUGGACUUUGAGGGCAGUCUUGCUGAAAAUCGCUUCACAGUCCUCCCCAACAUAGAUCCUGAAAUUGAUGAGAAAAAACGAAGGCUAAUGGGACUUCCCAGUUUCCUUACCGAAGUCGCUCAGAAGGAGCUAGAGAAUCUGGACUCCCGUAUUCCUUCAUGCAGUGUCAUCUACAUCCCUCUGAUCGGCUUCCUUCUUUCUAUUCCCCGCUUACCUUCCAUGGUGGAGGCCAUUGACUUUGAGAUUGAAGGACUGGACUUCAUGUUUCUCUCAGAGGAGAAGCUGCACUAUCGUAGUGCUCGAACCAAGGAGCUGGAUGCAUUGCUGGGGGACCUGCACUGUGAGAUCCGGGACCAGGAGACCCUGUUGAUGUACCAGCUACAGUGCCAGGUGCUGGCACGGGCAGCUGUCUUGACCCGGGUGUUGGACCUUGCCUCCCGCCUGGACGUCCUGCUGGCUCUUGCCAGUGCUGCCCGGGACUAUGGCUACUCAAGGCCCCAGUACUCCCCCCGACUCCUUGGGGUACGAAUCCAGAAUGGCAGACAUCCUCUGAUGGAACUCUGUGCCCGAACCUUCGUCCCCAACUCCACAGAAUGCAGUGGGGACAAAGGGAGGGUCAAAAUCAUCACUGGACCUAACUCCUCAGGGAAGAGCAUAUACCUCAAACAGGUAGGCUUGAUCACAUUCAUGGCCCUGGUGGGCAGCUUCGUGCCAGCAGAGGAGGCCGAAAUUGGGGCAGUAGAUGCCAUCUUCACCCGAAUUCAUAGCUGCGAAUCCAUCUCCCUAGGCCUCUCCACCUUCAUGAUCGACCUCAACCAGCAGGUGGCGAAAGCAGUGAACAAUGCCACUGAGCAGUCUCUGGUCCUUAUUGAUGAAUUCGGAAAGGGAACCAACACGGUGGAUGGGCUUGCACUUCUGGCCGCUGUGCUCCGACAUUGGCUGGCGCUGGGAUCCAUGUGCCCCCACAUUUUUGUGGCCACCAACUUUCUGAGCCUUGUACAGCUACAGCUGCUGCCACAAGGGCCCCUGGUGCAGUAUUUGACCAUGGGGACCUGUGAGGAUGGGAACGACCUUGUCUUCUUCUAUCAGGUUUGCGAAGGCGUUGCCAGCGCCAGCCAUGCCUGCCACACAGCUGCCCAGGCUGGGCUUCCUGACAAACUCAUUGCUCGUGGCAAGGAGGUCUCAGAUUUGAUCCGUAGUGGAAAAACCAUCAAGCCUGUCAAGGAGUUGCUAAAGGAGAACCAAAUGGAAAAUUGUCAGACAUUAGUGGAUAAGUUUCUGGAACUGGAUUUGGAAGAUCCCAACCUGGACUUGGACAUUUUCUUGACUCAGGAAGUGCUGCCUGCUGCCACUGCCAUCCUCUAA